AUGUCCAAUCGGGACUACACACAGACCGGCCUGGCCGGGGAUGAUGUCAUGGCCAUCCUGAGAAUCAAAGACAAGAUGCAGUUGGCAAGGAAGGUGAAGACGAAGAUCGAGUGCUCGCCGGCUUGGAGGUUCUCCGCUUCCAUGAAGAGUGUCGUGUCCACGUGGCUCGUGAAGCCGCAGCAUCACCAUGCGAGCGAGACCGAAGCGCUUGCUUACGCAGGUCUUUCCCAAGAGCUCAGCCAGAGCAUUGCUGCAGGGCGUGUCCGCCAACUGGACGUACAAUUGGCCGCGAAGGUCGCGUCCGGAGCCCUCCGCAGUGAGCCUAUCAUUGAGAGCCUGUGCGCGUCAUUUUUGAUGACGUUCAAUGAAAACUUGCACAUGUACAAGCGCCGCACCACUUCAGC